AUGUCGACAGACCAGCAACCUUCCUCCUCCACACUCCCCCCAAACACCCAGCCCGUCCCCGACACACACUCCCAACCCCAACCCCAACCCGACUCAAGCCCGAGCCAAGAGCAGCAACAAAAAGAAGAAGCCCUGGCCGCAUUCACCGCAACGCUCCACUCAGUGGGCACAACCCUGGAACUACCGCUCCGCUCCCGCGCAGCGCUAAUCGAAUCCAACGCCGUCGCUCUAGAACGCCAGGAAGCCGAGCUGGCGGGGCAUACGGCGCAGCUGGCGAGGCAGAAUGAGCAGUGGGCGGGACUGGCGGAGGAUGCGCGCAAAGGGUUGAAGGAGAUCGGCGAUGUGCAGAAUUGGGCGGAGGUCAUUGAGCGGGAUUUGUUGGUGUUAGAGGAGAUGGUUGGCGUUGUUGAGAGGAGGCAGCAGGAGGAGGACGUGGAGAUGGAGACGGGGAGUGAGGACGGCCGUGGGGAUGGGGAGAGGCGGGUGAAUGGAAUUAGUAUUUUGGGAGAGCAUGAAGAAGAUCCAAAGAAGAAAAUAGAUGGACGGAAGAGAGGGUGGUGGACGUGGUGGUGA